AACAAUCAAAUUUCAGAAAGGAAAAAAAAACAAAAAAACAAAAAACAAAAAAAGAUGAAAAAUGUAUUUAAUUUUGGGAAUUUGUUUUCCAUCCAACCCCCAUACCUUAACCAGAAGACAUAGUAGAGAGAGAAAGGAGAGAGAAAGGAGAGAGGGCUUCUUCGAAGAGAAGAGGGGAAACGAAUCAUAGAUACACACAGAAACCCUAGGACAGAGGAAACUCUGUUUCUUCGAUCAUUGCAUUUCAAGAUCUCGAUUGUUCAUUCCAUAUAGGGGCUGGUUGUGCUUCAGCGAUGGCAAACUCCAAGAGUUCAAAUAUCAGAAAUUUCAUGUAUUCCGGAAAGCAUCCUUUGCUUCCUCCAAAAAGUCCAUUUCCUAGCGUUUCCCCGUCAUAUGCAGAUUAUGUCCUCAGUCCUGCAUUUGGAUCAAAAACUGUUCAGAAGCCUAGAGAGGGAAAUGCACAUCACCAGCGAACUUCCUCGGAGAGCCUUCUUAUAGAGGAACAACCUUCUUGGCUUGAUGAUCUCCUUAAUGAGCCGGACACACCAAUACGCAGAGGAGGUCAUCGCCGUUCAUCAAGUGACUCAUUUGCAUAUGUGGAUGCAUCUAAUGCUUCUAACAUUGAUUACGCAGCUCAAGACGAGUACAAAUAUCAUCAUAUGAUUUCUGCACCCUCUUGGGGAUCUCAAGACUUUGAUCCCCAAAAAGAUUUACGACAUGCUUCAUUAUACACUGAACUGAACUUGGUGAAGCAGAAGAAUAAGGCAUGGGAGUCUUCUUUGAAUAGUGUAAAUAACAUGAGCAGCCUUCCUUCUGUCAAGGAUAACAUUGUUCUUCAGAGUUCAGGAUCAUUAUCUACACCGCAAGAAGCAGAUGGGUUUGCUUCUACUGCAAGUGAAAAGCAGGAUCAGGUUGAAUCUGGUCCACAUGAUCCAAAAGCUUCUUCUGAGAAAAAAGACAAUUCUAAUGCUAAGCUUUAUGCAUCUGAGACGGAUGCAAAACGCGCUAAACAGCAAUUUGCUCAGCGCUCACGGGUUCGAAAACUUCAAUACAUAGCUGAGCUGGAGAGGAAUGUACAAGCUUUACAGGCAGAAGGGUCUGGAGUUACAGCCGAGCUGGAAUUUCUCAACCAGCAGAAUCUGAUUCUGAGCAUGGAGAACAAAGCCCUCAAGCAGCGCUUAGAAAGUAUAGCACAGGAGCAACUUAUCAAAUACUUGGAGCAAGAAUUAUUAGAGAGAGAGAUCGGGAGGCUACGAGCCUUGUAUCAGCAACAACAGCAGCACCAUCAGCAGCAACAGCAACAGCAACAGCAACGACCUUCUUCAAGCCAUAGACGCUCUAACAGCAAAGACCUUGAUUCCCAAUUUGCAAACCUCUCUUUGAAACACAAGGAUGCAAAUGCAGGUCGUGACCCUGUAACAGGCACACUUCGCAUAUAGAUGUGUAAUGUAGCCAGAGAUGUCGUUUGCCUCUACUCUUCUCCCAUUGAUAUUGCCACGCCUGACCAAGUUCGUUGCCUCCCUUGUGCGGGAUAGGCUGAGCUAUUCCACUCUUGGCGUCCUCUCUCCACAUUUUGUGCAAUUUGAUUUCACUGUUUAUCGCCCUUCUCUGUUAAGUUAAUAUCGGUGCACCUGGUAGUCAUUGGCCAAGUAGUUCUACUUGGGGCAGGUGACUUACCGGAGGUGGUAACUCAAAACAGGUUCGGUAUUUCAAUCUUUAUUGUAUGUCUUACGUAAUCAUGAUUCAUAAAUGUUGUAUGUUCCAUUUUUUGCCCAUUGCAGAUUUCAACAUAGUACAAAAGAUCUUUUGGGCUAAUUGGAUGUGCACUACUUGUAAUGCAUUAUGGUAGGAAAAUGUGUACUCGUAACAUAUGUUUCAAAUGAAAUCUGUAGUUUCUUUGAUUUUGUUCGUCAGUAAUGAGAAAUUGAUUGGAUGCACAUUUGGCACCUUUUUAUUUUUA